AUGGGUGUGAUCGCUAACAGCCUUGGCGCUGUGUUUGGUGUGCUGCCGCCAUGGAUGACGGCUCUGGUGCUUGUGGGCGGCGUGGUCCUGGCGAUCGUGGUGUACCUUCGCCAGGAGAAGAGCGCCCGCCUGCCACGCUCCUACAUCCCUCGCCAGCCUCUCACGGAGGAGGAGAUGCCCAAGCACGCCACCGAGAUCCACCGCGACGUGUACAGCCGCAAGAAGCUUCCCAAGGACAUUGAUGUCAUCAUCAUCGGCAGCGGCAUCAGCGCCCUCACCCUCGGCGGGCUCUUGUCCCGAUGCGGCCGCCGGGUUCUCGUGCUCGAACAGCAUUACAUUGCUGGCGGCGCGACCCACAUGUUCGAGGAACGCGGCUACGAGUUUGACACUGGUGUCCACUACAUUGGCAACGUUUCUCGCCGGCAGCCGAUCCUUGAUCUGGUGUCGGAGGGCAAGAUUGAAUGGGAUCUGAUGGGCGAGACGCCACAAGACAUUCCAAAGGUGUAUGAUGAGAUUGCGAUUGGCGACCACGUGUACGGGCUCCCCGCCGGCCGUCAGGCGUUUAUCGACACGCUUGCCAAGCGCUUCCCGAGUGAGCGUGCAGGCAUCGAGAAGUGGGUGCAGAUGUGCCGACAUGCGUCGCGCCAGGACCAGUACUUCACGUUGAAGGUGGUGCGCCCGGCGUGGCUGGCACGCCUCCUCCUCCGCUUCAUGGGCGGCGCGUUUUACAAAGUAUUCAACAUGACGGCUCUUGAGGCCGCGCAGUCUGUGACGGACAACAAGGAGCUGCAGGCUGUGCUGCUGGGCCAGUUUGGCGACCACGGGCAGACGCCGUCCAAGGCAAGCUUCUUCAUGCACGCCUCCGUCGUCAAUCACUACAUCCGCGGCGGGUACUACCCACGUGGUGGCUCGACUGUGUUUGCCAAGAAGAUGAUUCCUGCGAUUGAGCGCAUGGGCGGGCGCGUGUUGGUACAGCAGUACGUGGACGAGGUCAUUGUCGAGAACAACACCGCGGUUGGUGUGCGGAUGCGCAACGGGGACGUGAUCCGGGCGCGCGAGGCCGUCGUCUCCAGCGCGGGCGUCUUUAACACAUACGAGCGCCUCCUUCACGGAGACCUCGUGCCUGACACAAUCCUGGACAAGAUUGAGGCGAUUGGGCCGUCGUGCUCGAUGGUGUAUCUCUUCGUCGGUAUGCGCGGAACAGCAGAGGAGCUCGGGCUCCGCACCAGCAACAUCUGGCACUACCCGCACGCCGACUUUGACAAGGUGCUUGAGGACGUGGCUGACGAUCCGGAGACGGCGCCUCUGCCGCUCUUUGUGGGGCUGCCCUCCGCCAAGGACUCGACGUGGAAGCAGCGCCACGGCAACACGUCGACUGCCGUCAUUCUCACGAUGUGCCCGCACUCUGUGUGGGAGGAGUGGGAGGGAACGGAGCAAGGCAAGCGCGGCGAAGCUUACGAGGCCAAGAAAAAGAUGUUUGGUGAGCGCAUGCUCGAAGGCUUCUUCCACUACUACCCCAAGUGCCGCGGCAAGGUUGAUUACACGGACGUGGGCUCGUCGCUGACCUUCAACCACUACCUCAACAGCCUGCGCGGCGAGGUGUAUGGCCUGGCGAAUGAUGCUGCCCGCUUUGCCGAGCACGACUGGCUGCGCCCGGAGACUAACAUCAAAAACUUCUACCUGACAGGCCAGGACAUUGUGACUGUUGGUGUGACUGGUGCCCUCAUGGCAGGCGUGCUCACCGCCCACUCCAUGCUCGGUUACGGCACCCUCUCCGACCUUUUCAGUGGUCGCAACGUCAUCGAGGACAUCAUGCACCUUGACAAGCAGCAACGAUCAAACUCUUGA